GAAAACAGAACGAUUUCCUGGUAAAUAAAACAAAAGUGUCAAUUUGUUACCGCACCGAUUGGACACAGCGGUUCCGACAAACUGCCACAGCUGUUAAUUUUAGCCUUUGAUUUAUUACUAUUUCGUGGAGCGUGCAGAUAUUUCAUGUGAUUUUUAAGAUAAAUAUUUUUAUUAGAAAAUGAAGCUGAGAGUCCAGCUGCAGUGCAAGAAUUUGCACGAAUAUCUCAGAGAGUUGAGCCCAGAGAUUCUGGACCGACUAUACAAUCAUCCAGCAACAUGUCUGGCUGUCUACAGGGAACUUCCUUCUCUGGCCAAAAACUAUGUGAUGCGAAUGCUGUUCCUGGAUCAGCCUCUUCCACAGGCAGCAGUGGCAUUAUGGGUGAAUAAAGAAAGCCAGAAGAAUCAUGAUGAAUGCGUCUCGGUGCUGGCGGGACUCCGCCUUUGGCACAGUCAGCAGCUGCAGGGUGGUCUUCAGGGAUAUAUCCUGAAUCCAGUCUUCAAAGACAACUUGAGGAUCGCGCUGCUCGGCGGGGGCCAAGCAUGGGCAGACGAAGGCAGCAGCCUGGGGCCAGACCGCCACGCUCGCGACAUUGAGAGUCUGGACCGUUACGCCAUGGAGCGCUGGGAGGUGAUCCUGCACUUCAUGGUGGGUUCUCCCAGCGCUGCGGUCAGUCAGGACCUGGCCCAGCUGCUGAUUCAAGCAGGCCUCAUGAAAAGUGAGGCAGGAGAGGCCCCCUCCAUCACCUCUGCUGGCUUCCAGUUCCUUCUGCUGGACACUGCCUCUCAGUUGUGGUACUUCACCCUGCAGUACCUCAAAACUGCUCAGUCACGAGGGAUGGGCCUGGUGGAGAUUUUGUCUUUUUUGUUCCAGCUCAGUUUCUCAACGUUGGGCAGAGAUUACUCAGUGGAGGGCAUGAGUGAGUCAUUACUCAUAUUUCUGCAGCACCUUCGGGAGUUUGGACUGGUCUUCCAGAGGAAGAGAAAGUCGAGGCGGUACUACCCCACCAGACUGGCCAUCAGUCUAGCUGCAGGAAUCACGAGCAGCUCUUCUUCCACAUCCUCCUCUCUUAACUUGGGCUCCACUCCUGGUACUGGGGACGCAGGCUUCAUUGUGGUUGAAACAAAUUAUCGCAUCUACGCCUACACAAACUCUGAGCUCCAGAUUUCUCUAGUAGCGCUCUUCAGUGAAAUGUUGUAUCGCUUUCCAAACGUGGUGGUGGCUCAGGUCACAAGAGAGUCGGUGCAACAGGCCAUCGCGAAUGGCAUCACUGCACAACAGAUCAUCCACUUUCUGAGAACCAGAGCACACCCUAUCAUGCUGAUGCAGACACCGGUGCUUCCUCCAACCAUAACAGAUCAGAUCCGACUUUGGGAGCUGGAGAGAGAUAGACUACAGUUCACCGAGGGUGUGCUCUACAACCAGUUUCUCUCCCAGGCGGACUUUGAAGUGCUUCGAGAUAGAGCUCAGGGUCUGGAUUGUCUGGUGUGGCAAGAUGUAGCUCACAGGGUGAUGGUGGUGACACCACACGGACACAGUGAGGUCAAGAGGUUCUGGAAACAACAGAAGUCUCACACAUAACCAGGAGAAGAGGAAAGCGAAAGGAUGCUGUACCACGAGUGAGCACUUCUGAUGGACUGUGAAGCAGUUGCUCUCAGCUGUUGUUAUGCUGGGACCGGUAUUUUCCUGUCGUCGAAAGUCGUGACCCACUUUUGUAUAAGUUAACAGUAAUGAAAAUGUAUUCUAAAAAUAAAAAAAUCAACCUUUGCAACGGUUAAGAAUGCUAAGCCUCUCAUAACACAUGAUCGAUAAACUGAGGAGUUACGUGCAUGAGGUAUUUGUACGAAAAACCUCUCGUCCAUAAAUAUAAAAGAAUCAAAUGAGAAACAGUAAGCACAACACUGAGAAUGCCCUCAAGUGCCGCGUAACCACAUAAGUCGUUUUUGUAUGUAGAUCACAGGUCAGGUUUAUGGGAAUUUGGAUCAUGUUCAAAUUUUGUUAGCAGCAGUCAGGGAUGCAACCAGGGUGGGAAAAGUGAUGGCGAGUCUAAGGGCCCAUGACAGAUUGGUCCAAGAAAAUAACAUUUUCUACAGUUUUGCUGCGGAGGAACCGAAAAUGAAAUUUUUAUCACAGGGCUCCAAACCCUUGUCUGUGCCUCUGAUAGCAGUACUUAAGAGUUCAACAUGGAGCCAGAAUUAUUAUCUUCAGUUUUGAUGACAUUGUCAUUUGAGUUUCAUUUAAGGUGCAGGUGGCAUUAGGUGUCGUGCUCAGGUGGGGAUACAUCUUGGAAAAAAAUGGCAGGACAUCUCGUGGCUGCGACACCAUGAGAACACUCUUGCAAUAAGCAUUGGACAGUUCCUGGCAGAAAGGAACGUCACCAUGCUGGAACAACCUCACUAACAACUCGCCUGACCUGGCUCUGUCAUUUUCUUAUUUUUUCCCUCAAGCUCAAAAGUGACCUGUUUUGAAGAUGUUCAUGUAGCUUUGGGGGUCCUGGAAGAAUCUUUCCAGGAGUGUGUCAAGGUGUGGCAGAGAAGUCAGGGAAUUGCUUUGGAAUCCCAGAAGAGUACUUUGAUGGAAUUUUUCUGACACACCUCGUGUACACUGAACAACACACCAUGCCUGUUGGGGGUAUUGGUCAAAUAUGAGCAUGCAUUUCUAGUAUUUGGUAUUUUUCCAAGAGGUCUUGUCCCAUAUAUCGCAAAUUAAUUCUUAAUGUGAUUGUCUUUCUGUUUUAUCUGUUUGUUUUUUAAAUAAAAACCAAAGUGACUAAA